AUGCAUGGCACCUUCCUUUGCUUUUGCACCUUUUCAGGUUUCGAAUCUCCCUUCCUGUUCCUUUUGACUAUACUCUUUAUAGCCGAAAGUCAUGCAAUAUUCCAGUUUGGAUAUAUCGACGAUGAAGACGGUGACUCUGUCACCGGGCUGGUCCCAAUCUACACUCCUUCGAAUUUUUGGCAGCAAGGAGACUCGUGCAUCGUCUGCUUUUUGGCGUUUGAUCCUACACAGAUGUUUCAUGGCACUUGGCACUCUAUUACACAUCAGACGCCGGAUCCCGCUGCAACUGUCGAGUUUAACUUCACAGAUAUGUGGAUAUCUCUAGAUGUAUAUUGCUUGCUGCCAAACUUUAUACUUGAGGACGGACCGUUAGAGGAUUACACGUCGACUUACAAUUUAUCCUUCGCCUUGGAUGGCCAACCGGUUGGGCAAAGUUUCACACAUAAAAGCGAUUUCAGUGGUGUCACUCAGUACAAUGUCAGUGUAUUAUCACUCAGCAAUUUGUCUCAAGUUCUGCACACCUUCACCAUGAUAGGUGCUUCUACAGUCGACAUGCUUACCAUACAGUUUGACUAUGCGAGGUAUACCUUUGACAAUGAUGCCAGCCCGUCGCCUCCAAUUACUCUGACGGCCUCGACCUCGACCUCGACCUCGACCUCCACCUCUGUUACCAGCAUCUCCAGCACACCUACCAUACCUCCUUCAUUCAUAUCCUCAUCUACCUCUCAUAAGCCUAUUACAUCUACUACGGCGUCAACAUUGUCACCUAGUAAUACAUCGGUGGCAGAACCCCUAGGACAAAAGAAGAGUUUGGAUCGCACAGCGAUAAUAGGUGGGAGCAUUGGAGGAAUCCUUACGCUCUUUCUCCUUCUUACCCUAACAUUCAUUUAUCGCCGGUACAAACACCGCAUCCGUCAACGAUUCUUCUCCCAUCCUCGACUCAGCGGUCAAAUUGACCCAUUCGAUGUCCAACCUUCCUCUAUAGGGCGUUAUUUGAUGCAUUAUGGAGAUGCAGCUUUAAAAACCUCUCGUGAGAGUUCGUCGAUUGCCGUUAAAGGAGCUGCUCCAGUUGCAACAAAGAGAGCGGCCAAACCAACACCGAAUUAUUACUCGGCAGGGGUAGGGGAGGCUUUCUAA